AUCUGAAAAAAUUUCUGGACGUAUCGUCGUUUUCUUCCACCGUACAACACAGGGAAAUGUGUGAACCGUGGGAUUCGUCGAUCGAGCUGGCUAUACGGUGGGAUGGACUUCGAGGAAGGGAGCUUUCGAUGCCUCCAAUCUGUCUUGGAUCUUGAAAACAGACUCAGAAAGGAUGACAAUGGGGUCGGAACUUUCCUUUUCUUCGGGUAAUGGAUUUUCAAUGGAAUCUUCAGUGGAGCCCACUGUUGCUCUCCAAUUUCUAUGAAACUUCUUCCUUAAGCUAUUCAAUUUAAGCAAGACAAGACGGUUUGAGAGCGUGGUUUAUGUGGUUGAAGCCUGAAGGCAUGGAGCCCGCCAUGGAAUUGUUUAUGGUUUAAAGCUUCGUCGGAGACUGGAAGACAAGAAAUCCCUUUUCAGCCUAAUAUAUCAUAGCUACAGGGAUCUCUUGGAACUCGGUUCAUUUCGGCUUGAUUUGGUUCGGAUAAGCUGAAAAGAAAAUUGCUGUAGGCUCAAUCAGUUGGAAAGGAGUUUGAUGUUUUGGGUGAUUGAUACAUGUCUAUGAGAAGUUACUUGAAAUCUUCUGCUUAGGGUUUGGGUAAUUUAAGAUACAGGGGCGCAAAGAGUUGCAAUUGCCUACUACGACAAAUUUGACUAGGUGUGAGCACGGAGCGAGAGGACUGUUGAUUGUUGAAAUUGUUCAGUGUGAGAGAUUUGGUGUUUUGAGAGAGAGAGAGAGAGAGAGAGAGAGAGAGAUGGAAUCAGAGAAUUCCACAUUUUGUAGAGCGAGGAACGAGCAAAGGGGAGGAGAGAGAAACUUGUAGUUUGAGAGAUUGAGAUUUUAUUGCUUGCUAGCUCUUUCCAUGGCUGUGAUGAGUCCUGUCUCUGCAUUUGCACAUCAAAUCAGUCCGAUCAGGUUUCGUGACGUUGGAGUCUCGGGAACCAUGCCGAGCACUGGGGAAAUUACAGAGGAACCUGUGGCGCAACUGAUCGAAGAGAAGAUAUACGUUGCGGUGGGAAAAGAUUUGAAAGAAAGCAAAUUGACUCUGCUGUCGGCGUUGCAUAACUCCGGAGGCAGAAGGAUAUGCAUCCUUCAUGUCCAUCAGCCUGCGCAGUUGAUCCCCUUGAGCGAGUUUGGCACAAGACUUCCAGCCAGCAGAGUGACAGAACAGCAGGUCACAGCAUAUCAAAAAAUUGAAAGGCAAAACAUGCAUAAGAUCCUGGAUGACUACCUUGUCAUGUGUCACCAAAGAGGGGUGCAAGCAGAGAAACUAUAUACUGAAAUGUGCUGUAUUGAGAAGGGGAUUGUGGAACUUGUUUCUCAGUGUGGGAUUAGGAAGCUCAUUAUGGGAGCAGCAGCGGACAAGCAUUACUCAAGGAAAAUGACAGAACUGAAGUCUAAGAAAGCCAUCUAUGUAUGCUCAGAAGCACCUGCUUCCUGUCAUAUUCAGUUUUUGUGCAAGGGGCGUCUCAUCCACACAAGGGAAAGUAGUUCAGAUGGAGUUGAUAUAUUGGUGAGGCCUUUGCCACAGCAAGUGCCUCCAAACAUUGAAACGGAGCAGUCAAAGAACUUGAGAUCACAAUCACUUGCACUUGGGCAGAAUACUUACCUAGGAACGAGUAAUCCAGGUCAUUACAUGAUGCAACGAGUAACGUCUGUCAAUUUUGAUGUGCAUAGAGGUGGAGAAGUUCUACCUCUUUCUUCACCAGAUACUGGAGAAGCAGUUACUUCUCCAAGCAAGUUCGAUGCAGAGGGAAGUUCUGAUGAAUGUGAUUGGACAUCAAUAAGGAGUUCUUCUCACGGCUCGGGUACAUCGUCAUGCUCUUCUAGGGAAAUAGUUGGCCAUAAAGCUCUAAUUCCAAUUUUCAGAACUAAGAGAAAGAAAGAAAAGUUAGAGAAGUUACUCACACUGCCUCAGUCUAAUGAGGAUCUUCAUAGUUCGUCUCCUCCCAGUGUUCUGGAAGGACGUAUGAAUGAUGAACUUUAUGAUCAGCUUGAACAAGCCAUGGUGGAGGCUUCCAAGCAAGAUGCAUUUGAAGAGUCGGUCAGGCUUGGGAAAGUUGAUAGGGAUGCCAUUGAGGCAAUUUGCAAGGCUAAAACAUCAGAGAGCUUGUACAUGGGAGAGUCGAAACGAAGAAAGGAAAUCGAGGAAGCAUUAGCAAAAGAGAAUAGUGAGCUUGCAAAGAUUAAGAACCAGCGAGAUGAAGUCAUGAAAGAACUGCAGAUUGCUCUGGAGCAGAAGCAAUUUCUGGAGAGCCAAAUUUCAAAUUCUGACCAAAUAGUGAAGGAAUUAGAGGAGAAAAUAAUCUCAGCUGUGGAGCUGUUGCAAAAUUACAAAAGAGAACGAGAUGAGCUGCAGAUAGAGCAUGACAAAGCUCUCAAAGAAGCCGAAGAGCUGAGGAAAAAACAGGUGGAGGAGGCCUCCAUGCACAUGCUGCGGUUAUUCUCUGAGUUCUCAUUCUCAGAAAUUAAAGAAGCAACUCAUAAUUUUGACCCAUCCUUGGAGAUUGGGGUAGGUGGUUAUGGGAGCAUUUAUCAAGGUAUCCUUCGCCAUACUCAGGUGGCUAUAAAGAUGCUGCGCCCUAAUGGCUCUCAGGGCCCAACAGAAUAUCAACAAGAAGUUGAAGUACUGAGUAGGUUAAGGCAUCCCAACCUUGUCACUCUCAUUGGAGCUUGCCCAGAAGCUUGGGCUCUAAUCUAUGAAUAUCUUCCCAAUGGGAGCCUUGAGGACCGUCUCCACUGCAGAGACAACACUGCGCCACUAUCAUGGCAAACUCGAAUUCGGAUUGCUGUUGAAUUGUGUUCCGUCCUCAUCUUCCUACAUUCCAUUGAACCUCACAGUAUAGUACAUGGUGAUUUAAAACCUUCCAAUAUUCUCCUUGAUGCCAACUUUGUUAGCAAACUCAGUGACUUUGGAAUCUGUCGUCUAAUUGCUCGGAAUGAAAAUUUGAUCAGUAAUACAACACUGUGUCAUAUAACCAACCCAAAAGGCACUCCUAUGUACAUGGAUCCAGAGUUCACAUUAACUGGAGAGCUUACUCCAAAAUCAGAUGUUUACUCAUUUGGAAUUAUAUUGCUACAGUUACUGACAGGGAGACCAGCAUUGGGAAUCACAAAAGAAGUGCAAUACGCACUAGACAAAGGGAAUUUGAAUACCCUGUUGGAUCCUUCGGCUGGGGACUGGCCUUUUGUGCAGGCCAAACAGUUGGCUCAUUUGGCAUUGAGGUGCUGUGAGAUGAACCGGAGGAACAGGCCAGACCUUGCAUCGGAGGUAUGGAGGGUGCUUGAACCAAUGAGGCUUUCAUGUGGAGGCUCACCAUCAUCCCGACUGGGUUCGGAAGAACACAAGCAGAUUCCACCAUAUUUCAUUUGUCCUAUUUUUCAGGAAGUCAUGCAAGAUCCUCAUGUAGCAGCCGAUGGCUUUACUUAUGAAGCAGAGGCAAUCAGAGGAUGGCUGGACAGUGGUAAUGAUACUUCGCCCAUGACAAACCAUAAGCUUGCACACUGCAAUCUCGUCCCAAACCAGGCCAUUCGUUCUGCGAUUCAGGAGUGGCUGCAACAGCGUUAAAAGAAAUAUAUUUCAUUUCAUUUUAUAUUUUCUUUGUUCAAAAUGAUCUCUGCAAUGCUUUUUCUUCUGUGUCUUUUUCCCUUUUCGUCUUUCACUACUGGUUCUUGUUGCAUCCACAUGAUAGUUUCAUUCCGUUGUACAUACAUGCUGUAGCUGUGUAGCAUGCUGUUGAUGGUCGCGAUUGACAUUAUGAAAUUAAAUACCAUUUGAUCA